GCCUGCACGGUGACGGAUGCGGGCUGCUGUAUUGUAGUGCAUAUCCGAGCUGUGGGGCUUUGCAGCGUGAACGCUGAUCUAUUGCAACCCAUAAACCCGAGCAUGCUGCAGGCAGCACCGCACAGCGCGCAGCCGGAGGAGCUCGGAGCUGCACGGUGAAGCCGGCACGCUCAGGGGAGACUGCGUGACAGAGGCGUGCUCAAGUUUAGCGCCAUUCCGCCCGGACAAAACAAUAGGGACUGCAAUAAUAUACCAGUGGAGGGAAGAGGCGACUGCACGGGUCGGGGCAAGAUGGGAAGAUAGGCACCCCGGCUGGGGCUUUAUAUUACUGAGCGUCAUCACCUGGGACGCUCGUGGAGGACCAUGGCAGACCAUCGAAGAGCAGAACCACAGUGAGCUGAAACCUCGCGUCACGAGCGAGCAGGAAUCCCGUGCAGCUCCUCCUUCAUCAUCAUCAUCAUCAGAGUAAUCAUCAGAAUUCUCUGCUGCUCUGCACGCGGAAAGGAAUACCAAAAAAACUCUGCAGACUUCCAGACUCUCCUCCCCGUUCGCCCCCCCCCUCCCCGCCUCCCCGUUUUGCAUGCAGAUGUCAGUUUUAAAUCAACCGCAAGAACAGCAGCAGCAGCCCCCCCCCCCGCCAUGCCGCUGCCCGCGCCCCCCAGCAAAGCGUACCGCUGCCACAUGUGCGAGGAGAGCUUCAGCGCCAUGGGGCUGCUCAUCGGGCACCAGUCUGCGCACGCCGGCCAGGGGCUGCUGUUCUGCGGGAAGUGCGAGGGUCUCUUCUCCUGCCGGGACCAGCUGGAGCAGCACCCCUGCACCUCCUGCACCUUCAUCUGCACCUGCGGCAACGGCUUCCCCCAGUACCCGGCCCUGCUGGAGCACAUGCGCUCCCACGAUGAGGGGCUGCCCCCGGGGUACCCCGGCCCGGCCGCGCAGGCCCGCUGCGCCGACACCGCCAGCUCCCACACGCUGGUGAACGACUUGGUGAAGCAGAGGCAGCAGGAGAAGGGGGCUGGGAGAGGAGGAGGGGCUCCUGCGGGCUUCGGAGAGAUGGUCGACCUGAAGCUGCGGUUUCUCCCCGUGGUCAGUAUCAGGCGCCAGGAGGAGGAGGAGGGGGGCGGCGCCGGGAGGAGGAGGAGCCACAAGUGCGGCGCCUGCGGUUGGACCUUCGUCAGCCUGGACCUGCUGAUCGAGCACCACGCCAGCCACGGCGAGGACGCGGUGUACGGCUGCCGGAGGUGCGGGAGAGCCGUGAGCAGCAGCGUGCCGCCGGAGAGACACGCCUGCGCCCCGGGGGACCUGCUCGGGACCGGAGGCUCCUUCCGCUUCGACGGCGUGGCGGUCGUGCGGGGGCAGGGGCCGGUGCCGCUGGGCUACGUGGGGGACGUCUGGCACCGCUGCUCCGUGUGCCCCAUGGUGUACCGCCGUCGGGGGGAUCUGGAGAAGCAUCAGAUCUCCCAUUGGGACAGCAAGCCCUUCCGCUGCCACAGGUGCAUGAAGUUCUACCUGCGGGAGUACAGCCUGCGGAAACACAGGUGCCCCGUGAGCGACGGGGACGUGGGGCGGAGUCCGGGGCCCGGCAGCCUGCCCGUCGGCCUCAGUCACCGCGUGGAGCAGACCGUGUUCAUUUACAAACGCGGCGAGGGGGCGGGGCCCGGCGGGCUGGCCCGCGGCGCCGAGGAAGUGAGCCGUCCGGUCGAAGUGACGUUCCGGGAAACGCAGAACCUGACCCAGCCGCAGCCCCUCACCCUGACCCAGCCGCAGCCCCUCACCCUGACCCAGCCGCAGCCCCUGACCCAGCCGCAGCCCCUGACCCUGACCCAGCCGCAGCCCCUCACCCUGACCCAGUUUGAACCGCAGCCCUUCCCUCCUCUCCAGCCCCAGCCGGAGCCUCGACCGCUGCUUCUGAUCCAGUCUCCACUCCAGCCUCAGCUCCUGCCUCAGACCCUACCUCACUUGCAGCCUCAGCUCUGGCCUCCGCUCCUUUCUCAUUUCCAGCCCCUACCUCAGCCCCAGCUCCAAUACCAGCGCCGGUCUCCGCUCCCGCCCCUGAGCCAGACCAGCAGGGAGCUGCCCGUUGACCCGCCGAGUCAGAGCUGCGUCCGAGCGAAGGGGCCCAGCUGGUUGGACCCCAAGGCCCGGCUGCUGAUCCACCGCGACGCAGCGUUCCCAAUCCCAGACGAACCCGAACCCGAGCCUGAAUCCGACCCCGAAUCGGAGCCCGAGACGCUGGCGCCGCUGGCCCUGGAGGAUGAUUUCGUGUUCCGCGCGGCACGCGGGGCGAGGACCUACCAGCGCGGAGACGGCAGUGGCGGCUUCUCCCGAUCCUUCGUGAUGCCGGAACCGGAACCGGAACCGGAACCGGAGCGGAGCAGCGGCGAGGAGGGGGCGGGGGGGCGACCGCCAGAGGAAGAGGAAGAGGAGGAGGAGGAGGAGGAAGAGGGAUCGGAGCCCCCUCCCACCCCGACCAAGAGGAAACUGGAGCUGCAGUUCUCAGAUGAGGAGGAUGACGACUGCGUGAUCAUCGAGCCCAACCAGAAGAAGAACGAAGAGGAGGAGGAGGAGGAGGAGGAAUCUCAAAACCCCCAAACUCUUCCAGCCCCCCGGGGCUGCAACGGCACGGACUCCCGGGAAGUGGAUCCGCAAGCGGGGUCCCGCGACCAGGAGGAGGAGGAGCUGAGCCCCGGGCAGGAGCAGCGCAGCGAGGGCCCCGGAUCCCGGAGGCUGGAGCCGGAGUGCGGGAAGAAUCCGAACCAGAAGGGGCGCUUCCUCCCCGUGAUCCGGGAUGAGGGGCGGCAGGAGGAAGAGGAGGGUGAGGAGGCGCCGAGCAAGAAGACAAGCGAGCCCGGAGUCAAGGAGCCGUCUGUAAAACCGACGCAGGGAGGGGAGGGAGGGGGAAACCUGCAGGAGACGGCAGCCCCCCCCAAGAGGAAACUGGAGCUGGAGUUUUCCGAGGAGGAGGAGGAGGAGGAAGAGGACUGCGUGAUCGUCGAGCCGAACCACAAGAAGAUGAAGAGCGAGGCGGAGAGGGAGAAGGCGGACCCUCAGCCCGCUGAAACCCUCCCGGCCCCUCGGGGCAGCAACGGCACGGACUCCCGGGAGGCUGUUCACCGUCCUCGUCACCAGCAGCCCCAGCGGCCCGUCCAGAGCUUCCGCUGCCUGCUCUGCGGGAGCCUCUUCCCCCAGCCCCAGGCCCUCACCCUGCACAACGAGACCUGCAGCCGGGCUGCUCUCCAGCGGGGGAGCCAGCGAGGCAGGGGGGGGGCGGCCGGCGGCUCUUCCUCGCGGAGGGGGGCGGAGUCCGUGGUGGUGUGCGGGAAGAGCCGCACGGGCUUCCCCUCCAGAGCGCCGUUCGACCGGCACCCCCAAGGGUCCGGCUGCCUGCUCACCUGCCAGGUGUGUGACCAGGAGUUCAGCGAUGAGCAGAGGCUGGACAGCCACCUCCGGCUGCACCCACGCCAGGGCCCCUUCCACUGCCCGGUGUGCAGGGAGAGCUUCACCAGGCAGGGGGCGCUGCAGGAGCACCUGCGGGCGCACGGGGGGCUGGCGGACCCCGCGCUGAGACAGGAGGGGUGGAGGUACGGGACGGGCUUCUGUAGUCUGCAGUACUUCCCGGGGGUGAAAGAGGAAGGCUGAACGGACAGACAGACAGACAGGCGGACGCACUCCUGGUUUAGCAGCUCCUGGUUUUUAAUUUUUGGUUUUUGAGGCCAGCCGGUCGGACUGAGAAAAAAAAGUUAAAAUCUUUGUCUUUAUUUUUUAUUUGAAGGACUGGCUUUUCAUCUUGUUUGUUUUGUGUCAGUGUGUUUGCCUGAACACGCCAGGGGCUGCUCGUUAUAUCAUAUUUAUAUAUAUAUAUAUAUAUACACUGUAUAUACUGUAUAUAUAUUUCUUUUUUUUUUACUGUGAAAUUGUUCUUUUUUUUUAACUGAUGUGCUAUUUGACCAGUUGCAAACUUGACUGAAACAGACCUCUGUGACUAAUAUACAAAGUGUGUGUGUGAGAGAGAGAGAGAGAGACUGUGUGUGUGUGUGUGUGUGUGAGAGAGAGAGAGAGAGAGAGAGAGAGAGAGAGAGAGAGAGAGACGUGUGUGUGUGUG